AUGAGUGCGAUCGAAGCCAACUCCGAGCCCUCGUCGUGGAAGACCGAGAACCCCAACCAGGCACGUGACGCGAUCUCCUGGCACGCCUACACGAGCGGCUUGAAGUCCGGUGCUGUCGCCGCCGUGUUCUCUUCAACAGCUGUGUUCGCUGCUAACAAGUACUGGCCGGCGUUCCGCAACCGCCUAAAUGUGAGCGGCAAGACAGCGCUGGUGAUAUCACCCUUCCUUGGAGCCUUCACACUUGACGCUGAGACCCGUUUGAUGCACGGCGCGCGUAACCCGGAGAGGUACAUUGCCACUAUGGACGGCUCGUACGUUGAAGAGGAGAAGAAAGUGUCAAAGCUCAAGUUCUGGCAGAAAAGCGCCAACUUCCUGUACGACCACCCGUACCGCGCCCUGAUCACCGUGGGUGUGCCACUGGUGGGCGGUAUCUACGGCUACCAGCAACUGAACAAGGGUAUCUCCACUUCGCAGCAGAUCAUGCACACACGUAUCUACGGCCAGGCAGCGGUUGUGGUGCUGCUGCUUAGCUCUAUGGCCUUCCACGACUACAUGGCCAAGCGCGGCCGAUUCACAGUCGAGGACAACGAAGACUAA